AUGUUUAAAGGAAAGAGAUCGAAAAAAGAAGGUUCGACGAGUAGAAACGAGGAAGAGAUCGAUAUGAACGACAUUAAACUUGAUAACGUCAGAUCUCGUCACACACCCACAGAUGAUAAAAACGCCAACGGUGAAUUCUUUGAAGAUGCUGGUAGAGUUUACAGCAGAAGUGGACAAUCCGGAUCGAUAGGCGAUGUGAUUGAUGAUACACCAAAGUUACAUAGAGGAUUAAAAGCAAGACAUUUAACAAUGAUCUCGUUGGGUGGUACAAUCGGUACAGGUCUGUUUUUGGCCUCUGGUGCUUCGGUGGCCAGUGCCGGUCCAGGUGGUGCACUAAUUGCUUACGCCCUGGUUGGUCUCAUGGUGUUUUUUAUGAUGGAAUGUUUAGGUGAAAUGGCUACUUAUCUUCCUAUUUCAGGCAGUUUCAACAAUUAUGCUGGUCGGUUUGUUGAUCCUGCUUUGGGUUUUGCCUUGGGCUGGAAUUAUUGGUACAAUUGGGCUGUUACUGUUGCUGUUGAAUUAACUGCAGGAUCUAUGGUGAUGGCUUAUUGGUUGCCUAAUAUUCCAGGUGUCGUCUGGUCAGUUAUUUUCUUGGUCAUUAUUUUAGGAUUAAACUUGUUUUCCGUCAAGGGUUAUGGUGAAGCCGAAUAUUGGUUUGCUUUAAUCAAGGUCCUCACAAUUAUUGUCUUUAUCUUGCUCGGUAUCCUAGUUGACACAGCAGUUUUAGGAGGACAUUAUUAUGGUGUCGAAACUUUUAACUAUGGUGGCAUUCAAGGCCUUGGUGUUCUUAGCACAUUUUUGACUGCAGGUUUUUCUUUCCAAGGGACAGAAUUAAUCGGUGUUGCAGCCGGAGAAAGUGAAAAUCCUCGUAAGAAUGUGCCCAAAGCCAUCAAGCAAGUAUUCUGGCGUAUUAUCCUGUUCUACAUUAUUUCUAUCUUUAUCAUUGGUUUGAUUGUACCUUAUGAUGAUCCAUUACUUUUGAAGGGUGACGUCAGUGAUAUUUCUGUAUCUCCUUUCACCUUGGUCUUCAUUAAGGCUGGUAUUGCUCCUGCUGCUCAUAUUAUGAACGCUGUUAUCUUGACAACCGUCUUAUCAGCCGGUAACUCUGGAUUAUACGCUUCUAGUCGUACUCUUUUGGAUCUUGCUAAUGAAGGCAAAGCACCUAAAAUCUUCCGUAGAAUCACAAAGAACGGUAUCCCCAUCUAUUGUGUACUUGUUACUGCCGUUAUUGGUAUGCUUGCCUUUUUAACAUCGCUCUUUGGUAAUGGUGUUGUAUAUAAUUGGCUUUUAAAUAUUUCUGGUGUUGCUGGUUUCAUUGCUUGGUUAGGUAUUGCAGCCUCUCAUUACCGUUUCCGUAGAGCCUAUGUGUUACAAGGAUACAAGGUAGAAGAUCUUCCAUUCAAAGCUAGACUUUUCCCUCUCGGUCCCGCAUUUGCAUUCGGUAUCUGUUGCUUUGUAUUGGUUGGUCAAGGGUAUGACGCAUGGUCUUCUACUCCUAUUGUGGCAGCAGAUCUUGUUGCUUGUUACAUUGGUAUUCCCGUGGUGCUCGUAAUUUUCGCAGGCUAUAAAAUUGUUAAGAAGACGAAGCUUAUUCCCUUGAUCGAAGUUGAUUUGGUUACAGGUCGUGAAGAGUUUGAGUAA